AUGCUUCAAUGGCAAGAUCAAUCAACACAUUAAUCAAUAAUUAAUGAAAUAUCAGAAGAAUCAUCAGGAAAUUUUAAAUAUUUUCGAAAAACAUAUCGUUCAGUGCAUUAUAAACAAGCUGUUGCUAGUGGUCAUCUUCGAGCAAGUCAUCGUGCUGGUGAACGUGUAUUAAAUGAAUUUGAAUGGACACGUAAAUUAUGGUAUAAUUGGCUUGAUGAAUAUGUAGCCGAAUUAGAUAAACCUGACAGUGAAGAACGUCGUUUAAUUGAAGACGAAAUAAAUCGUGAUCCACGUGAUGCAUUUUAUUUAACACGACGAGAAGCUUUAUUACGUAAACGUGGUUUAGUUCAUGAUGCUCUUAAUGAUUUAUCAUUGGCUAUUUAUAUUGAACCAUCAUUUAUGGAUGCUUAUUGGCAACGUGAACUCACUUAUAUGAUAUUUGAACAUUAUGAUGAAGCAUUAGAUUCAUUAAAUAUGUGUAUUAAACUUAAUAAAACACAUGCCGGUGCUUAUAAAUUACGUGUUGAUAUAUAUUCAAUUAAAAAUGAUUUAGCAUUAGCUAUCGCUAAUUAUUCACAAGCUAUACAUUAUAAUCCAACAGAUCAUGAAGCUUAUUAUCAACGUGCACAAACUUAUGAACGACGAAAUGAAAUUCUUUCAGCUAUGGAUGAUUAUGUACAACUCGAUUGA